AUGUUAUGUUUAGUGCUGUUAGUGCUGUUCCCUUUGUGUUUCGCAAAUGAUGAAAUCGAUAACGAUGAGGUGAGUUGGUUUGAUUAAUUUUUAAGAGCUCCAGACGUUCUUUUUUACGUCGUGAUUGGUAGGAAGUUAAUUGCAUGCAAUAACCUACAGUAAGUGUUUGAAAUUAAUUAACAAAAGUAUUUUUUUUCAAAGUGUUACAUGUGAGAAAAAGACAAUACAGUCAUACCCCGUUAAUACGACCACUGAAAGGGCAAACACUUUCUAAUUAUAAUUAAAGUCGCUCACAGGCUAUAAAUUACUGCAUAACUCACUUGAUGCCAAAAUAGUCUUGAAAAGGACGUCUACAUAUAUAUCAUCCUAUCCGGGCUACUGUAGGGCUAGGAAAAUCGAUGCUGUCAACUGAAGGGUUUUAUUUUUGAAAAGAAAAAGGUCUACUACAGCGCGCAGUUGAUAAUGAAGUGCCUGCGUCAACAGGAUUGCCUUUCUAUGAGAGUCUGUUGAUUGGGCAAGAAACAAGUGUCCUUUUUUCUUAUUAUAGUGUGUCUGUAUCAAGCGGGUUGAAUUUAGAGAAAAAGUAACGGCAUUACCAUGAAACAAAGAAAACUGUCCGUAAUAGAGCUAGGGGUCCGUAUUGAUAAUAAUAAUUAAUAAAUAAAUAAAUAACAAUUAUUCACCGAAGUGGAGGUGGCUAGUGGUGGCAUUUACUGAGCCGCGAAAGCACUGGAUAUCCGGAGGUUGAGUAGCCAAUCACAUUGAGGGCGCGAAAAACACUAUCCACUGUCUUAGUAUAUAUUAAACACAUUUACUUUAAUAUGCUAACCACACACAACAAAAUCUGGUUUCCACGUAGGGCGUCGACAAACACGCAUUACAAACAAAUAGAGGCAAAUGGCAGCAAAUAUUAAUCAGGUGACCGUAUAGGAAUGCGGGGUUCGAAGUCCUGUGCUUCCAAAAACAGUAAACGAUGCAUUUUUUUUUUUUAUUUCUUCGUUUCAUUUAGAGUAACCCUAACCAGAUCCUAAAAAAUGGCUCCUGUAAACACACUUUGUCUUGUGCAGCUGGAAUUCCCGGCAUCCCUGGAAUCCCGGGACCCGCGGGACCAGCGGGACUACCUGGAAAUAAUGGACCUCAAGGACCCAAAGGUACACGUGGAUACAAAGGUGAACCAGGUUCUCCUGGAACUCAAGGCCCCGUUGGCCCCAAGGGACCACAAGGACCCUCGGGUCAAGCUGGAACGAAGGGUGAUACAGGUGCUCGAGGUCCCGAAGGUCCAAAAGGGGUUCCGGGACCGUUAGUACGUAAUUGGAAACAGUGCGUUUUUCCGAAACUGGCCGAUGGCAAGGACACUGGAUUGAUUAAGGUAAAAGCUAAGAAGGCACCACCACAGAAAUUCGUACUUCCCGACUGUCACUUAAGUAUUCCAGUUUUUGUCUUAAUCAUAACUGUAACAAAAUUGUUAAAUCUGAUUGGCUAUCAACUGCCCUGAUUUCAGCCUUAAUUGGACAGAUAAAUAGGAUAGUACGCGUCAUGCCUAAGUAAUUGGACAGUACGCGCCAUCACGCGCGCGCUUAAAUGGCUUUUUUUCUCACUGCUAGCAAAACAAAAUUUCGAAUUUCUUUUGUUUUGAUUUAAAAAAUAGCCUAUUAUAUCAAAAAUUUUGUUAAAGUUAUGAUUAAUUGGUAACAGAACUUCGUGUCGUCCAAUUCGGUCUGUAAUCAUACUCGUGAUAAAACAAAUCGGACUCCCGCUACGCGGUCGUCCGAUUUUGUUAAUCACUCGUAUGAUUACCGAAUUGGACUCCACUCAGUCCUUUUACCAUUACUAGUUAAAUUCCAUAGGGAAUACUUUUAUAUGUUUGUGUCCUUUUAAACAUGCAAGUCAAACCGUACGAAAAAUUCUAAACUUUUGUUAAAAUUUUUUUUGCAGAAACCAAAAACGUUGCGAUUAAAGUUUCGAAUGUAAAACCACAGGAAUUUGUUUACAGAUGCAAAACGAAACUUAAAAAACUCACCACCUUUCCUUGGUGCUGUUGGCAGCAUAAUAAACAGUAGCAUAUGAAAGCCUAGUGUUGUUGAAGAGCCAUCGUUUUAAUGGCCAUAUUCAUAGCUUCAUUUUAUUAGUAACAAUACAGGAGUUUGUACAGAUGCAAAGCUUUAAAUAACCUUGUACUGCUGACAGCAUAAUAAACAGUACCAUAUGAACUGAGUCUAGUGCUGCUGAAGAGGUACUGGAUAUUUGAAUGAUUCAAAAGUUAGUACCACCUUUUACAGGAUAAGAAACAAAACCACCAGAAAGUACAGCCCAAUAGCUAUCCGAAGCCUGAAACCGUAACAUCACAGGAUUUCGUCCAGAGGCUCUGCAGAGAGAAUUUCGUCUUUACACCGCCGUCAUUGUUGUUUCUGUUUUUUUUUUUUCAACAGGAUUGUGUUUUCGAGAAGAGGUCAGACAGCACAAGUCUGCGCGUCUACUGGAGUGGCCAACUCCGCAUCUAUAACUGCGACGCUUGUUGCAGGCGAUGGUAUUUCACUUUUAAUGGUGUAGAAUGCUCGACACCAGCAGCUAUUGAUGCUACAGUCUAUAUGUAUAAAGGAUCUGGCAGCAGAAAAGAUAAUUUGCACCGCCCACGUCACGUUGAAGGAGUCUGUGAUAAAAUCCACAAAGGGAAGGUGCGCGUGGGAUUCUGGGUUGGCAACUGCGCGGGGUAUGGAAAUGCCGAUGCGUACACAGGCUGGAACUCAGUGUCCCGGAUUUAUGUGGAAGAAAUGCCUCCCCCGCAAGCUGAAAAUUAA